UUCGUGUGUAAGAGGACGUCCGAAUCAUUCAAUGAGUUUUCUGUAUAUAAAAUUGUAAAAACGAGGUGCGUUUGCGAGUGGUCCACACUAUAUUGUGGAUGGACCCUCGCAGUUCGAUUACGGUGGUUCGGUUAAAGGAGCGGCAAUUUUUAAUACCGACCGAGGUGCUUCGUCGAUGCUGUCCCGCGCUACGACGGCAACUACCAUCGUCUAACGCCACAAUUACUCAUCUCGAACUUAGUGGCAUACCAGAAGCGACCUUUGAAACUUUGGUGUACUACUUUCGUACUGGUCGUGCUCCAGAGCUAAACAUACAAAACGUGAUCGACGUUUUUUGCACCGCAUCCGAUCUUGGAAUACGCCCUCUUGAAAAAAAAUGUUGGAAACAUGUAUUCAAGACGAUGUCGCGACAAGAGCAGUCGCUUCUUCUUUUGGUCGAGUCCGAAAGAGGUUUACAUAUGACACGGGACGAUACAUUACGUUUAAUGGAUGUCCUAGUGAAGAACUUCCGCAAAACAGUGAAUAGCGCCGCGUUUUUACAGCUAAGCGAGCGACAGGUUCGACAUCUGCUUACAUACCCGCCACUGCGGAAUGAACAUGGAAUCAACGCGACCUACAAAGCAGCCAUGCGGUGGUUGCACGCUGACUGUCGUGCUCGGCACGGUUACGUUGAGAGAUUAACGAGCGCUCUUGGCGACACACCAGAUCCAUCAUUGACGGAGAAGUUAACAAUCUGUCCAACAAUUGCCCGAGAGGUAUCAAAGUUAUCACUGGAGAGUCCCUCACCUCCAUCACCUAAACUUGUAUAUGGGAUAAGCGCUAUGAACGAAGCGAAGGUCAACGUUAAGCAGCCAGAAUCAAAUAUAGAAGCCAAGCCCGAAUUUCCUGCUGAACCCAUCGUAGCAGAGACGGCGCCUCAAUCAAAAGCGGCUGAGACGCAACUGAAGUCUCCGUUUUCGCAUCCGAAAGAAAAAUUUCUAGUUCGAGUUGACGAAAGGCCAAAGAAGGGGAGAAUUUCACGGUCAAUUAAAGAGACAAGAGCUUCUAAACGUUCUAGCAAAGAGAAGAUAAGUCUUCGGAACUCGUUCCAGGAGACAAGCCAGGAGCAUGACUUUGGGAGGCCUCACGCACGCGAGAAGCGGAUUGUAGGCCUUGUAGGCGGAAGGACCGAACCUUCACCAAAGGCGAGCGAACUCCAAAGAGUAACAAAAUCUCGUCACCAAGAAUAUGAACUAAAUUUUAGAACACCAUCAAGAACAGCGCGAAUCCCAACGUAUUUAAAACUAACGCGAGGCAGGAGUUGGCAACGUAAGCCAGACGGAGAAAGAGAGAUCGACUCAUCAUUGACUAAUGCUGAACGGGAGCCAUCGAAGAGAAGACGAUCACUUGAUGAAGCUAGGCUCAAGUUCAAAAGGGACCGUGAAAAUGGGCGGCGGAUAUUACAGACAAGUGGGCGAAGAAUGCAUGACGAUUAUUAUGAAUGGAGUACCGUUGGAUCAAGGCAAAGAGGCGUCCAUUAUCAGCAUCGAACAAACACGCACGGAUCCAAACCAUACAUGCACGAAUCUGAACCCUAUAUACACUACUCUGCAAAUUCCAGUGACAUGGCAAUUCCUAAAUUUUCCAGAAAGUCUAAGUCGCGAAGGCCGAGUAAUCAGUCAGCGACGUUAAAAAAAGUAGAGAACUUUGACCUAACAGAAGAAAGUGCGAAGCAGGCCCUUCGUGGAGGUCGCUACGACCAGCGCCACGUCGCUGGAAGCACCGCUGACACAAAGAUCAGUGAGGCAAAAAUCUUUGAUAAGACGGCGAUUCUUAAGCCUAAGACAAAAGUUCGUUUAAAAGACAAAGCCGGAAGAAAGAAGAUAGCUUACAACAUCACCAUAAAAGACAACAUAAGCCAGAAAAGCCGGCGACGAUCAAUGAAACUACCAAGAACACCGAAUGUCUCUGGAGCAGAGUCUUAUGCCUCCACGAUGAGAAAUAAAAAAUCAUGCCGCCCUGUGAAGGUUACGCAAAGCUUUUUGAGAUCAGGCAGGCACGGCAGGCCAUCCAAGCCCAAUCCAGCCACAGUGACAGGCAAACGUUACAAAAAGGGAAAAUGCGUCAUCUGCUAGGAGACGAGGAUGUUCGAUAAUUGUAAUAUAAUAAUGUAUACGUUUGGCUGGCAAUUUCCAGUGGCUUUCAUAAAGGAAGUGUGUUACAAAUUGUUUCACAAAUUGUUAUUUUUUAUCGACCGUUUGACUGGGAGAUGAUAUAAGCUGCCAUUCAUUCACCCUGUCGUGUCAGCGAGGCGCACGUAUAGUCCUAGUAUAUUUAUACGAAAUUAAGCUGGUUGAAGCAAAGGGUUCGAAUCUCUAGUGACGAUGAAUUUACGAUGAUUGCUCGUAAAACUGAUGAUGAUCUUUGUGGUGCAUUAUCCAUUUCUGAACUCAAGUAGUACAUAGAGAGAUGUCAAUUGUAAACUACAGAAAACCAUGCGAUAGCCUAUAGCUGCUCUGUGUAGCGUACUCUUAAACUUUUUUCUAAUUUAACAGACGUACAGUUAGAGAUCAGACAUUUUUUAAAAUAUUAUACGAAAUAUUUUUGCUUCCAUAUGAAUAAUAACAAUAAAUGACGAUCAGAUAUACAGAGAACACAAGUUCGGUACAGUUUAUUAAUUAUUACACGAUCAUUUUUUUUUGUUAGCCCGGCUUAUUUAUGAACGUGCUCGUCGCUUCAUCACCAUGAUGAGAUUACAUCGAUGCGGGACGCCCUUAAAAUGGCGCUUUUGACGCUCGCUCGCCAGAUGAUUUCAAAAAAAAAA